CUCGAAGACUCCAAGUCAAUGAAACUGAGAGCAACAAAAAUCUUAGCUUCUCAACAGCCAAAUCCUUUCCUGCAAAACUUGCUUCAAAACUUAACUCAAGUCCAAAUCCUUUGCAAAGAAUCGAAACAUGGCAUUGGUCGGAGAGGCUUUUCUCUCUGCUUCCGUGCAGGUGCUGUUUGACAAGAUUGGUUCCAGCGAGUUCGUGGACUUGUUCCGGAGAAAGAAACUGGACGAGUCGCUUGUGAAGAAACUGGAGAUAACGUUGUUGGGCCUUAAUGCGGUGCUUAAUGACGCGGAGGAGAAGCAAUUCCUGAACAGCUACGUGAAAGAGUGGCUUGAUAAGCUUCAAGAUGCUGUCUUUGAUGCGGAUGACCUUCUCGAUGAGAUCAAUGCUGAAGUUUUGCGAUGCAAGGUGGAAGCUGAAUUUCAAACCGUCACAAAUAAGGUGUGGAACUUCCUCCCUACUUUUCUUGAUCAUAAUUAUCAAGGCAUGAAUGGUAGGAUACAUAAGUUGCUUGAAAGGUUAGAGCACCUUGCAAAGCAAAAGGAUGUGCUUUGCCUGAGAGAAGGUGUUGUUGGGGGGAAGAUUUCACAAAGAACUCCAACAACUUCCUUGGUGGAUGAAUCUUGUGUGUACGGUAGGGAUGGAGAUAAAGAAAAGCUGAUGAACCUCUUGUUAUCUGAUGAAGCAAGCAACAAGGAUGUAUCUGUCAUCACCAUAGUGGGAAUGGGCGGGGUUGGCAAGACAACCCUCGCUCAGCUCCUUUAUAAUGAUGACAAAGUGAAAGAGCAUUUUAAACUUAGAACUUGGGCUUAUGUUUCCGAAGAUUUCGAUGUUACUAGGGUAACUAAAACCCUACUUGAGUCAGUCAGUUCAAAAGCUUACGAUAAUAAAGACCUGAGUUUUCUUCAAGUUGAGCUCGGACAACAAAUAAAGGGCAAGAAAUUUUUAUUUGUGUUGGAUGACCUUUGGAAUGAGAACUAUGGUGAUUUGAGGGUCUUGCAACGUCCUUUUGCAUCCGGGGCAAGUGGAAGUUGGGUCAUUGUGACAACACGUAACGAAAGUGUUGCAGGUCUCAUGCGCACUGUUCCAAUUCAUUUUUUGGAACAGCUGUCCGAUGAGGAUUGCUGGUUGUUACUUUCAAAACACGCCUUUGAAAAUGGAAACUUGAGUGCACAUCUACACCUGCAAGAAGUUGGUAAGAAAAUUGCCCUGAAGUGCAAUGGUUUACCUUUAGCUGCAGAAACACUUGGAGGCCUCUUGCGUUUCAACACAAAUUAUGAGGAAUGGAAUAGCAUACUAAAUAGCAAUAUUUGGGAGCUGCCUCCUGAAAAAUGUAAUACAAUUCCAGCUCUAAGAUUGAGUUACCAUUAUCUCCCAACUCAUUUAAAACGAUGUUUUGCUUAUUGCUCAAUUUUUCCUAAGGGCUAUGAAUUCCAAAAGGAAGAUAUAGUUCUACUAUGGGUGGCAGAAAGUUUAAUUCCACAAGUUGAGAGUGAGAAAAGAAUGGAAGAGCUCACUAAGAAAUAUUUUGAUGACUUAUUGUCACGAUCAUUUUUUCAAAGAUCAAGAAAUGGGAAAUCACAUUUCACAAUGCAUGAUCUCAUCAAUGACUUAGCUAUGUCUGUGUCAAAUGAAUCCUGUUUGAGAUGGGAAGGGGGCGAAUCACAUAAAGUUUUGAAAAGAGUUCGGCAUUUGUCGUAUGCUAGAGAGCAAUUUGAUUGUGUUGUGAAAUUUGAGCCAUUAUAUGAGGUUAAGCAUUUGCGAACCUUCCUACCUCUUAGAAGAGAAUGUCAUGAAAAUUAUGUAAGCAAAAGGGUUUUACAUGAGUUAUUGCCAAAUUUAACAUGUUUACGAGUGCUAACUUUGUCAAAAUAUGGUAAUAUUGUUGAGUUACCUAAUUCUAUUGGUAAACUCAUUCAUUUGCGCUACUUGGAUCUCUCUAAUACUGGAAUCGAAAGGUUGCCUGCCACAGUUUGCACUCUUUAUAGUCUACAAACAUUACUAUUGGCAGGUUGUUGGUCUCUUUUUGAAUUGCCUACAGACAUGAGAAAAUUGAUUAACUUGAGGCAUCUUGAUUGUAGUGGAACUCAAAUUGAAGAGAUGCCGGUGCAAAUGGGUAGACUAAAAAGUUUGAGAAUAUUGACUACUUUUAAUGUGGGGAAAUCUACUGGGUCGACUAUUGGAGAAUUGAGGGAGUUGUCUCAUAUUGGAGGAAAACUUUCUAUUUUGAACCUUAAUAAUGUUGUUGACGGUACGGAUGCCUUGCAAGCCAAUUUGAAGAACAAGAAAGAUCUUAAGGAGUUAGAGUUGGCAUGGGGCUCCAAAGAUGCCGAUCAUUCCGAAAAGGUGAGAGAUGUACUUGACAAGCUCCAACCUUGCAUGAAUUUGGAGAAAUUGACCAUCAAACUUUAUGGCGGGACCAGCUUCCCAAACUGGUUGGGAGACUCUGCCUUCAAUAAAAUAAAAGUAAUGUGCCUCGUAAAUUGUCAUUAUUGUUUUUCGUUGCCGCCGCUUGGACAACUACCCGCUCUUAAGGAGCUCUUCAUAUAUAAGAUGAAAUUUCUUAGGACGUUAGGUCCUGAGUUGUGUGGUCAGCCAUUUCAGUCAUUUCAAUCACUGGAGAAGUUGGAGUUUGAGGAGAUGGCAGAGUGGGAGGAAUGGGUAUCAAGUGGAAGUGGAGGUCCAGACUUUCCUCGUCUCCAGGAGCUGAUUCUAGAAAAGUGUCCAAAGCUAAGAGGAAGCUUGCCUUGUGAUCUGCCUUGCUUGAAGAAGCUUAGCGUGAAAGGGUGUAGUGUUUUACAUGAUCAACGGGCCACUGCUACUACUAGUACUAGUACUAGUCUCAACUACAAUUCUCUUAAAGGAUUGAAAAUAGAAGAUGGAUGCCAAACAGGUCUAUUAUCAUUAUUAGAGACAAAGCCCCUGUCCCAACUUGACAUUCGACAUUUUAAUGACAUACAGUGCUUGCCCAACAUCAAUCGUCUUCAAAGUUUGACUCUCGGGCAUUGUCCAACGCUGUUGUCGUUCCCUGAAGAUGGCCUACCCACUUUGUUGACUUCACUUCAGAUAUACAGGUGUAGGAGAUUAGAAUUCCUACCUCAGACGUUGGCCCAAUUAACAUCGCUCCGCUAUUUGAGCUUAGAGAAUAGCUGUGAUUCAAUGAGGUCCUUCCCAUUGGGCAUUUUUCCCAAAUUGAUGUCGCUUAAUAUUGGGAAUUGUGAGAACUUGGAAUCACUAUCCUUGAUUGAAGAAGGAGUUGAUGAGAAUCUCAGUCAUCUCAAUAGAUUGACUAUCUCAGGCUGUCCAAAUCUGGUGUGUUUUCCCCAGGGAGGAUUGCCCACUCCCAAACUGACUUCGCUGCAAGUUUAUAGAUGCGACAAGUUGAGGUCAUUACCUGAAUGCAUUCACACACUCACAGCCCUUCAAAAUUUGAUUAUAAAGAAUCUUCCAAAUCUAGAGUCAAUUGCAGAAGAUGGGGGUUUGCCUCCCAACCUCCAACAUUUUAGUAUUGAGAAUUGUGAGAGACUGAGGGCUUCAUCUUCAUCAGUGGGAGACUACUGUAACUGGGGUUUGCAAGCACUUGUCUCCCUUAAAUACCUUAAUAUUGGUGGCAGGGGAAGUGAUGAAAUCUUAGAGACGUUGCUCAAGCAACAGCUGCUCCCUACCACUCUUCGCAUUCUCUGGAUCGAGGAACUUUCAACUCUGAAAUCUUUGGAUGGAAAGGGACUUGCACACCUUACUGUUCUUCGAAGUCUAUAUAUUUAUAGUUGUAAGAGUCUGGAAUUCCUUCUAGGAGAGGCACUUCAACACCUCACUUCUCUUCAAGAGCUAUAUAUUUCUGACUGUCCGAGUCUCCAAUUCUUGCCAGAAGAGGGUCUGCCGCCAUCUCUUUCUUAUCUGAGCAUCUACAAAUGUUCCGGCCUGGAGAAAAGGUAUCAGAAUAAGAAAGAUCAUUGGGCCAGCAUAUCUCACAUUCCAUGCAUCGAGAUAAAUGAUGAAGUCAUCUUAAGAGAAUAAAACAAACAAGGACAGCACCUUCUCUUGGAAAGCUUUUCAUUUGCAAGGUUCCUUUACGUGUCAUUUCCAGGGUAGGGUUUACCAUUGUUCAUAGACUUUUGUUUUUCUACAAAAACAAUUGUCACAACGAGGGGAGACGGAAAGGUUCACCUGGAAUAUCUGGAUUGACACAUUCCUACAGAUAGGCAUCAAAUGUCCCACAUUUUUAGGUACUCUUUCAUAAUAAAAAUGUACUCAAUGUCUAUGGAUAACCUGUGAGCUUAAGUUGUUAGAUUAAACCGGCAGUAUAUUAUUGCUGUCAUCUUGUUGAAGAUGUGAGCAUGAUAUUUAUCAUUCAUAUUGUUCCAGUGCCCGAGGGGCCAUUAAUUUAUCUUUGGAAUUUCCCAGGUACUGCAUGUAUGUUAUAAACGUUGUCACUUUACUAACUUAUAUUUUCUUAGUAUCAACCAUUGGUCUUUGGUUGAGCAGAAAGAUCAUUCAGCAAUUACAAGAUUUUCUUGGGGAAUUAACCUUGUUUAAGCUUUGUUUAUCAUCUCUCUCCUUUUCUCUGUUAAGUCUUGGUUGCUCCAGGAACAGUUGCUCCCUGCCACCAUUUGAAGUCUCCGCAUCUGGGAACUUUCAAGUCUGAAUUCUUUGGACGAAAUGGGACUCGGACACCUCACUUCUCUUCAAGCGCUGCAUAGUCUCUGCUGUGUGUGACAGUUGGAAUGCCUGCUAGGAGGACUUCGACACCUCACCUCACUUCUCUUCAACAGAUACUUAUUUAUGGCUGUCUGAGUCUCCAAUUCCUGCCACAAGACCCGUUCUUUUCUGAGCAUCUCCAAUUGUUCUGCCCUGGAGUCAAGGUUUCUUUCAAGUCACUGCCCGAGGAGAGUUUACCACUGUAUAAACAAACAAAUUGCGGCAAAGAAGGGGAAGGAAAUGUUCUCCGGGUGGAUCUCUAGCAAGAGACCAGCAUUUGGACAAUGUGGUAAACGGAUCUCAAUCUAACAUAACACGCAUCACAUGUCCAUUCAUGAUUAGGGUGGGAGGAAUGAAGACCAGAAGGCCGGUGUCCAGAUUUUCCUCAUCUCAAGGAGCUGACUUUAGACAAGUGUGGGGUUCUACAUGAUUAAAGGGCCACUACUACUCGUGACAUGGACUACUUAUCUCUUGAAGAAUUAGAAAUAUAUGAUGGAUGCCCAGGUCUGUUCUCGUUACUAGAGACAAAAUUCCUAUUCGUGUUCCUAUUUGAUACGAUGCCAUUUCCAAUUCAAAAACUUUUCAAGUAGGUUAGGAAAGUAUUACACAGCUAGAUGUUUAUAAUUCAAAUUCAAAACAAAGCACAAUUGGAUUCA